CCAGGGAGGGGACGGCGGGACAGGCGGGAGCGGAGGGACCCGCGGGAGGGCGAACUGGGCGGGGACAUGGCCGCGGCGCCCGGAGGGUCUGCGCCGCCCGCCGGCCCCGGCCCGCGCCUGGGUUUCAGCACCGCGGACAGCGGCGUCGGCAUGAGCGGGCUGAACCCAGGUCCCGCCGUGCCCAUGAAGGACCACGACGCCAUCAAGCUCUUCGUGGGGCAGAUCCCGCGGGGCUUGGACGAGCAGGACCUCAAGCCGCUGUUCGAGGAGUUCGGCCGCAUCUACGAGCUGACGGUGCUGAAGGACCGGCUCACCGGCCUCCACAAAGGCUGUGCCUUCCUCACCUAUUGCGCCCGCGACUCAGCUCUCAAGGCCCAGAGUGCUCUGCACGAGCAGAAGACGUUGCCAGGGAUGAGUCGUCCGAUCCAAGUGAAGCCGGCUGCCAGUGAGGGCCGAGGAGAGGACCGGAAGUUGUUUGUGGGGAUGCUGGGCAAGCAGCAGGGUGAGGAGGAUGUCAGACGCCUGUUCCAGCCCUUCGGCCAUAUUGAGGAGUGCACUGUCCUCCGGAGCCCUGAUGGCACCAGUAAAGGCUGUGCCUUUGUGAAGUUCGGGAGUCAGGGGGAGGCCCAGGCGGCCAUCCAGGGUCUGCACGGCAGCCGGACCAUGGCGGGCGCCUCGUCCAGCCUGGUGGUCAAGGUGGCGGACACGGACCGGGAGCGCGCGCUGCGGCGGAUGCAGCAGAUGGCGGGGCAGCUGGGCGCCUUCCACCCCGCGCCGCUGCCCCUCGGGGCCUGCGGCGCCUACACCACGGCGAUCCUGCAGCACCAGGCGGCCCUGCUGGCGGCCGCUCAGGGUCCCGGCCUGGGCCCGGUGGCCGCGGUGGCCGCCCAGAUGCAGCACGUGGCGGCCUUCAGCCUGGUGGCCGCGCCCCUGUUGCCGGCGACAGCAGGCAGCUCCUCGCCGGGCGGCAGCGGCCCUGGCGCGCUCCCCGGCCUUCCCACGCCCCUCGGGGUCAAUGGAUUCGGAUCCCUCAACCCCCAGACCAACGGGCAGCAGGGCUCCGACACGCUCUACAAUAACGGGCUCUCUCCUUACCCAGCCCAGAGCCCCGGCGGCGUGGCUGACCCCCUGCAACAGGCCUUCGCUGCGAUGCACCACUAUGCAGGCCCCGAAGGCUGUAAUCUCUUCAUCUAUCACCUGCCUCAGGAGUUUGGUGAUACGGAACUCAUACAGACAUUCCUGCCCUUUGGAGCCGUUGUCUCUGCCAAAGUCUUUGUGGAUCGAGCCACCAACCAGAGCAAGUGUUUUGGGUUUGUUAGUUUUGACAAUCCAACCAGUGCCCAGACGGCUAUUCAGGCCAUGAAUGGCUUUCAAAUUGGCAUGAAGAGACUCAAGGUCCAGCUAAAGAGGCCUAAGGAUGCCAACCGGCCUUACUGACCUGUUCUCACAUACCAGCCACAGAAAGAAACUGAAGAGUGAGAAGAAAGGAAUGAAAAAGCACAGAAAUGCUGGAGUGGCCCUUCCCGAAGGAGCAGCUGCAGACGGAGGUGGAUCAGACCCAAGGCUGGCCUGGGGCUCAGGCCACUUGAGGAUUGUUCUUAUCAACUGGGUUGUGCUGCACCUGCAGCAGAGAGGUCAGACUGGCAGGGCAGCGGGGCUGGCUGAGGAUCCACUGACUGUCUAUGGGAACCAGCAAGGGCCUCGGGGGGGUGGGGGUGGUGCCAAGGGGCUUCUCGACGAAGGAAGCCCAGAGUCACUUCAUUCAAGAUCAUACUGUUCCUUAGAGUUUAGGGACCAAAGGACUAUUGCUUUUUUAAGAAUAUAUCUAUCUAUAUAUCUAUAUAAAUUAAAACAAAGGAAAAAAAACGAGAAACAAAACAAGACGGUAUAGAGUCUCAUAAAAGCUGCCUUUAAAUAUCCCUAGGAGACAGGGUGAAGGAGACCCUGGAUAGUCCCAGUCUAGGCAGAGGAGGUUGUGGAAAGAUUGUCCUGUGUGUUGUCCCCUCUGAAGCCACUCCCCCACCCUGACCUUAUAAAAAAUAUUUUGGGGUCAAAUGCAGGUCUUGAGGUUAUAGAAGCAGUGAACUCACAACUCAUAAUCUCCAAACUCAGCGUCACGUAAGAGGGCCCAGGAGUUCAAGCCUGCCCUCGGCUUUGCCAUCCAGAGAGGCCCCUGGCCAAUGGGAGUGGGAACCUGCCUUUCCUUCUUGACAGCCCUGCCCUGGAACCGCUGCUUCUCCAGGCAGGAAGAGAGGGAGUUUUGGCCACAUCAGUCUUUUCCUUCCCAGCCCAGAUACACAGAGGCCUUGCCUUUGGCUGAGUCAAGACACCUCUUUUCCCUUCCGUUGAGCCAGUCCCCAUGUCCCCUUGCUCCAGGCUACCGUCUAUCUCUUAGUCUAAGUUUGCCCACCUGUAAAGUAGAUUCAAGAUACAUGUAGAGGGCUGUGACAACAGACAUGGGAGGUUUGCUGCUGUAUAUACUGCCAUUGAGAAGGAUAAUUUUCAAUAUGUAGAAGCUUCAGAAUUAGAGGUCCCUCUUUCCCCAGGACCUGGGAGGGAAGUAGAUGUUUUGCCAAAAUACUUCUUUAUUCCUUUAAAAAGUACAUCUUUCCUAUGCAAGAGUGUCUUGUAUGUGCUUACCCAAGGUGCUUGUAGAUGACAAGCAGUGUCCAGCUUAGAAGUGGUGUGUGCUCUGUCUGUCUUUGUCUGUCCAUUGUAUACAGUGGGUGCCAUAUAAAGCUGGUCACUGGUGGUGCUUCCUGCCUGCUUCUGUGAGAUGGGCCAAAGAUUCAGCUCAGCACACCUUGACUCACCUUGCUGCGGCCAGCCUUUCCUGGGCCCACGGGGCCUUGCACAUUUUUUCCCAGGGGGUAAUUUCCACUCCACCCCACAUCACGGAUCGACCUCGUCUGAGGCCCCAGUUGCUGCGUGGGGGACACCCUGCCCCCCCACGUUGCUGAGACUGGAGACCCCUGAUCUGGUAUCACUCAGACAGCAAGGAUGUGUGGGUGGGGUUGGAGGGUUCUUUCUUCAUAACAGUUUCUAAGAAAACUUGUUCCCACCUGU